GUGUCUGUCGCGCGCCCCCUCGUGGUUAUGGAUGGCAUAGAAUUCCCAAGCCGACAGCAGUAACUGCGCAUGCGUGAAGGAAAACUCCAUGAUUUUUUUUUUUUGGCCCGGGAUCCUAAGGAGAAAUAGGAACUUGGAAACAGAGAUCAACUAAAAGCACCAUCGUAGAGCCACAAUCAACGCCUAGUUCGCGUUUGUACGCGUUAAAGACGCUUUGGACCUUUGAAUGAAGUGAUCGCACGCGCAGGAUUCACGCGGAAUUGGACGACAAUGCACGGGGCGCAAUAAAACGCUGCGUUAUUGCUCUUUGUUUUUUUAAGCAGGACGUCUCGGAUGGGUGAAGACGCAGGGAAGUGCAUAAAAAUCACCCGACCACGGUAACGGCUCUUGCAACGGAGAAGCUUGUUCGGUUGUCCGGUCGUGUUGUGCAGCGCGCGGAAGAAGCUGGAAACUUCGUAAACACAACAGAGGUUCGUAGCCCGCGAGCUAAAGAAGGCCAACAGCGCGUCACACUGAACGCGACGCGACCAACUAGAACGAUUGCCUUCUUUCGGAGAGUUCCAAAGGAGCAUCUCCGUCCACUUGAGAAGACCGGCGAGGAUUUUGUCAAGGCGGAUUUAUUUUUCGAUUGCGCUACGUUAAUGCUGCGUAAAUGUCCUCCAACUGUUGUAUUUCACGAAUGGUGCUGACCAAGGCUGAAUGAAGAUGAAAAGGAGCUGGAUGUGCGUGAGCAGAAAAUGACGGGGGGCAGUGAGAGUGCGGCAGGAGAUAAAGAUGGAGGUACGACGCUCACCGCUCAGAUCCCGGUUGGCUGGCAGAGGAAGGUGAAAAAUGGCACUGUGUCUUACAUCAGCCCAAGUGGUACAGUCCUGCUAACUGUGGAUGAGGUGAGGGUGUAUCUGCGGACAGAUGGCACGUGUAAGUGUGGACUUGAGUGCCCGCUUGUCCCAAAUAAGGUCUUUAACUUUGACCCUACUGCGAUGGUUCAAGCUCCUGGUCAUCAGACAGGUAAGGUUGAGGAAGACAUGACCAAACUCUGCAACCAUCGCAGGAAAGUUGACGCCAUGGCAGCACUAUGCCAAAGCAUGCAGCCCUCACAGCUCACCCCGUCGGCUCAUGCCACAGGAGGUGUUAUAUGCUCUGUGGACGUCAGAGAGCCGAGAGGGUCUAAUGUGGCUCAUGGAGAUAGCUCCCACUGCACUUACUCUCAUCCGAGACACAACCAGCCCAAAUCCAACAGCAUCAACUUUCCACUGACCUCUCCUCGUUCUGUUCUGCAAAACGGUUCUGUUAGCCGCACCCCCAUCUCACGACCCCCAGAACAAAACUCAACCUUAAAGAAGCCCAUGACACAAACAGCAAUGGGCAGCAAGGUGCCUGCUUACGUGAAACAUCAGUGGAACCCUCAUUCUCAUCCACCUCACUCCCAAAGCAUCCUCCAAAUAACAGUGCACAACUCUACAUCUCCCAACAACAACAACCUGCUCCCUAACUCCUUUUCGCCAUGCCCCUCUUCAUCCUCGGCUCUAGUUAGUCGAAUGCAUCCACCAAACCCGCAGGGAGCAAGUGUGAAGUCGCCCCCACCUCUUUCUGUUUGCUCUUCACCCUCACGCCGGGACACCUUCUCACCCCGCCAGCGUUCUCGCCAUUCCUCAACCUCUUCUCUUUCUGAACAGGGAGCGACAGGAUCCAUCCUCAUCCCGGGGGUCAAACCGUCGCCACCCACCGUGCCAUGCUCCUCUUCCAAGCUCCCUGUCACCCCCGCCAGCCCUUGCAGUCGCCUGGAGGGCAUCUUGCAGCACUACAAAGACUGUAAUGCCACCAACAACAGCUCCAACACUAACUCCACCAUCUUUAGCAACCAAAGUAACCAUCAAAUGUCACAGGCCCUGUCGUCUGCCCACCCUAACCCUGGUGAAAAUAGGAACGGGGCAACUGCAAGCCCACUGAACUCUGCUCAAGCCCCAGGCCUGCUUGGGCAUCCUUUAGGACAGAUUCUCAGCCAACAGAAGAGCCAGCAGCACGUUAGUAGCUCUUUCCCGGCCAGCAGCCUCCUUUCUGCAGCCGCCAAAGCCCAGCUGGCCAACCAGAAAUCCCAGAGCCAACUCAACGCAACAGAUGCGCUGUCUGUACUCCCUCUCAUGGGCCUGGACAAGGAGCAGCAGUCCAAGGUAUUGAUUAGCACUUUAAACAGUAGCCUCCACCCCAACUCCACCAGAGCACAAUCCCUAACUGCCAUGCUACACUCGCACUCCCCAACCCUCUCCCAGAGUCCACCUGCUGUUGCUGAGAAAACCUCUCACCGCAAACGACAACGCCGCAUGCCCACCGUACUGAGCAUGCACAAAGAAUCUCAGUUGAGCCUGUCCUCCGGAGAUCUGUCCACACCGCCUCUCCUCAUCUCUCCAACCCUUUCACCUUCCUCUCCUCCAAUCCCUUACUCGGACAACCACCAGCUCCAUGUCACUCCUCCGAAUGCCUCUUUACCAAACGCCUCCUACUCGAACAGCACUCUUAGGUUGCAGGAUUCAGAGGAAGGCAAGAAGCCGGGACUUGCUAAUCCCCACCCACUUUCCUCCCUUUCUCCAUCCCAGCCUCUCUCCGCACUGCUUCAGCUUCUUAGCAUGCAAAAUGCAGCCCAGCAGUCCUGCAGCACCGCUCCCAUGCCUAGCAACAGACAUACACACCUGUCCCCUUCAUCAAGACCCAUCACUCCACAGACACCCCAAUGCGACAGCCAGCCCACGUUACGCUUCCUGCAUCCUCAACCCCAAAGCCCAGUGCCCAUGCCUGAACCUUCUGCCCAGCUGCCCCCAUCGCAGCCCUUUCCUCUGAUGGGUAAUGAGACAACCAUGAACCUCAAAACAGCCUCCAGCAACACCAUCCUGAACUUGAGCCAGCCCCAAACAGGCACACAGCCGGACCUCAGCAGUUCAGUUAUAAGCAUGGUAAACCAGAUGUCCUCAGUGUCCUGCUUGCCCUCUCUCCCAGAGAAAGAUUGUGGCCUCAAAACAACAGGGACUUCACCUGACCACAACACCUACCAAAUAAACCAGCCCCACCACGCAAACCACAAUCAAGCUGUGGAAACCGAAGGUCCUGGAGACACAGCAGAUCAGCCAGACACAAGACUUCUGGGUAUCUGUGACUCGGACCACAGCCUCUCUUUGCCCGCUGCGCCCACUUCCGACCUCUCCAACCUCUCCGCUGACCCUGCUGUGUCCUUGCCGCUGGCUGAGGCCUUCCCUUUCAUGAACCAAGAACAACUCCUCCAGCUUUUAUCCUCCAAUGCCGGACUACCCUCCUUGCUGCCGCCCUUCCUGGGCUCUUUGCCUUUAGGGGUCUGGACAGGCAGCCAGCCCUCUGUGACAGGAGGUACCCAACCCCAGCAACCGGUACAGCCUGCCGGUGGCAUCUUGAACUCUCCUCUCAAUGUGCUGCCCUCCACGCUCGGCACCCAGGGUGAGCUUCCUCUCAAUCUUGUCAGUCUGUUAAAUCCGCCAGGGAUGGAAGAGGGUGACAAGCCGCCUGGGCUUCAGGCCCUCCUCAUGGCAUCUCUACUGCUCGGGCAGAAUCCCGGCGGGAUGUUGCCAUUACCACUCAAUAUGGAGAUUCCCACGCUACAGCAACAGUUGUUUGCGGAUGGAGUGUCCCUGGAGAAGACGCCUGCUCUACUGGACUCUCUCCUGUUGGGGCCGGGGCUCUUGGAGGCCCUUCAAACUCUAGCACCCCCCACAGAUGGCCAGUCACUCCUCCUAUCCACCCCUCUCUCCCCUCCCCCAGCCGCCUUCCUCUCCCUCAACCCCUCGCUGCUGGUCGCUGCUCUCGCUCAGACCGAACCCCUCUCCAACCACACGCCACCCCCCCCGCAUCAUUCUCAGGGGACUCUGUCCAAUCCUACUCUAGUUUCUACCUCUGUGUCCUGUGCCCCCCUGGUGCCCACUACAGGCCAGGAAAUGUGUGACCCCCUGACUGAGCAGGACAAACACACCCACACACCUAAUUUCCUGCACCCCCUACUCGCACCGGGGGUUCUUGGUGACCUCGCAGCUCUGGGUAACAUUAACAGUCUGCAUAGUUUACUAGGAGUUGGGCCACUGUUGUUACCCCAGGGGCACUCUCUGGGCGUCCCACUGCCACAGAACCAAACACCUCUCAACCCACUCACCUAUCUACAGCUCACAAUGGCGCCUACGCUGAUGGGAGAGAAGCCGGUGUCUCUCCACGAGACUCCUCCAUCACAAGAAGCUCAGAUAUCCCAGGAUUCCCUGCUCAGUCCAGUCCAGACAUCUGCGCAGCAGCGAGAGGGCUCGAGUGGGAGUGGGACUGGGCUGUUUGACCCCUACAGUUCCUUCAUGGACACAAUCUACACCUCCUUCCUGCAGGUCAGUGAGCGAACCGAAGGUGGGUCUGACUCUACCCCCCUGACGUACCCAGAACUGCCGCCCAUCCUCCAGCAGACCAGCGCCCCACCCUCUCUCAGCCCACGGCGGGCGUGUUCAGUCCAUAACCCGGAUCUGUCCCGUAUCGGCAUGGAAAUGGCGCAGUCUCCCGCUCGCGGAACGCCCAAACUGAGUGAAGACCCCUCGACGCCGCCUCCCAGUAAACCAGCAGGGGCUGACGCCCUGUCGGACGCUCCCCUGCAUCCCGCCUUCAUGGAGGAAGCCAAGAUGGACGGCUUGGCCAACGUGUGUCUCUAUAGCAAUGGGAUUGGUUUGGGAAUGGAGCGGAGAGGAGAAAAAGAUGAGGAGCAUGAUGACGAACGAAGGCUGCAGGGGUAUUUGAGUCCCGGUGAGAGGGCGAGAAGAGAGGCGGGCGAUGACAUUAACAACAGAGGCACUGAGCAGGGAAGGGCUGAAGACAUGCACACAGUAUCCAGGAGGGGGCGCAAGAGAAAACAGUCCCUGAAGAGGACGCCAGAGCUGCCGGGGGGGAUGGACAGCAUCAUAGAAGAGCCCGCCGCUGCAAUGGCACUGUUGAGACCGGCGAGAUCUGCAAGAGGGAAGAGACGACGCGUGAUCCGAUAGCCCUCGUGUUACUGUACUUACCGCCAACACCAGCACUGCUGCCAUGGCAACACCACCGUCACCACGCCACGCCGUUUGACUGAGUUGCACUGUGAAGACUUGCCGUUUGAAUCGUGUCUGUCUGGUUAUCUCGCUUCUGCUCGCACACUUUUAAGUUUUUAUUUUAUCCGUUAAACUGCCGUUAACAGUCUCGUCUUUUGUCUGGGUGCGGUGAUCUCUCGAGUACUCGCUAUGAGCUUCAUUCAUGAAACAAGUAAAUCGUAUUUACAACUACUGUUGCGCAAAUGGUGGCAUGAAUGUGACGGUUAUUGUUUGUAAAACUGUUCUUGCUUAAAUUUCCAGACUGAUGUUUUCGUGUAAGAAUAGUUGUCGUUCGUAAAACAAUUAUUGCGUAAAUUAUCGUACAGAUGUGACUGUAAGAACAGAUUUCAUUGACAAUUUAACAACAGUUAACGUUCGUAAAACCAUUUGUGCGUAAAUUGUUGCAAAAAUGUGACCAUUUAAAAAAAUAUUCUAAUCAUUCGUAAAAGCAUCCGACAAUUUAAGAAUUGUUACAGUUCAUAGAACCGUUCUUGUGAAAAUUGUCACAUGAAAUGUUACAAUUUCAGAAUAUUUAUCUUUGUCGCAAGAAUUCCACAAUUUAAUGGUUGUCGUUGGUCCUUGAACGUGACAAGAAUAGAUCAUGUUCAUAAAGCCAUGCUUUCGUAAACCUUUGCACUAAUUUGACCAUUAAAGAUUGUUCGUAAACCAUUCUUAUGAAAAUUGUAGCUAUUGCUGAAAUUUGAACAUUACAAUUUAAGAAUCAGUCCUGAGAAUAUUAAUUCAACAAUUUAAGAUUUGUUACAGUUCAUAUAACCAUUCUUGAUAAAAUCGUAACAUAAUGUGACUUUUUUUUAAUAGUUAUUGUCGCAUCAAUUCAGUAAUUUAAUGGCAUUCAUUCAGAUGAAUUCGACAAUUUAAUUAUUAUAACUUGACAGUUUUUAUCAUUAUUUUUGUUGCAUGAAUUUUUACAAUUGAAUUUUUUUUUUAAAUGAGUUUGACAAUUUGUCACAAUAUGACAAUUUUAAUAAUUAUCGU